UCCAGUCCCCGGGAUCCAGCUCACCUACCACAAGGUUCACAACGCUCCCUCCCCCUAUAAAUACCCAAAGUCGUCAAAAUGGACGCGUAAUCUUUCUCCCUCCUCUCUAUUUCUUUAGGGUUUGCGCGAUCUCGUGCUCUGUCGGUGGGGUUUGAUCCUAUUUGCGGCGGGCAGAUCGGGGGGUGAGGGUUGAGAAGGACGCCGAUCGCUCGAUCCGUUCUCCUGCGGCCGGAUUCCGGCGAGAUCUCGACCGAUCCGAUCACGUCGGGGGCGAAUUGAGGCUCCGGUAGCUAUGUUCAUCGUAGAUUGGUUCUACGGCGUUCUCGCCUCGCUCGGGCUUUGGCAGAAGGAGGCCAAGAUCUUGUUCCUUGGGCUCGAUAAUGCCGGGAAGACCACGCUGCUUCAUAUGCUUAAAGAUGAGAGAUUGGUUCAGCACCAGCCGACGCAGUACCCUACGUCGGAGGAACUGAGUAUUGGGAAGAUCAAGUUCAAGGCGUUUGAUUUGGGAGGCCAUCAGAUCGCCCGCCGUGUCUGGAAAGAUUACUAUGCCAAGGUGGAUGCGGUGGUAUACCUAGUUGAUGCCUUUGACAAGGAGAGGCUUGCAGAGUCAAAGAAGGAGCUGGAUGCACUUCUCUCGGAUGAUGCCCUGGCAAAUGUCCCAUUCCUCAUUCUCGGGAACAAGAUUGACAUCCCAUAUGCUGCAUCCGAGGAUGAGCUGCGCUUCCACCUGGGCCUUAGCAAUUUUACUACCGGCAAGGGCAAGGUUAACCUCGGCGACUCCAACGUGCGCCCCCUUGAGGUCUUCAUGUGCAGCAUCGUGAGGAAGAUGGGCUACGGUGAAGGCUUCAAGUGGCUCUCCCAGUACAUCAAGUAGGGUGCAGUGUUUUUGGUACACACCUUUGAAGACCAAGGGAUAGAGCUCACAGCUUUGCCUCCCGUGAUCCUUCUCCGUGGGUAAUAGUGGAAACUUUUUUUGGUUCUCUAUUAAAUUGUGUGGUCAUGGAUACAGCGCAAAGUGUGGGAAUGUAAUGUUAAAAUCUGGUUUGAGUCCAUGCACUCUAGUCUGCCCAUGCCCUAUUUUCCCGUUGAUACCGCCAUUUUUUUUUGCCCCAUAAGUAUUUACAGCAGGCAGGAUGGGUGGUUCUCUGUUAUGUUUGUUUAGCAUGAUCUCCGACAUGAUUUCCAGUUCCAGUCGUGUGAUAUGUAUGCGCUUUAGUCAUGUUGGAGGGGAGUAUUUUGAUGAAUUGCCGCCGUUCCCUCAAUUAUGAUUUUUGGAGUUCA